AUGCCGCAUCCUGAUUGAUAUUGCAAUAGUGUAGUAUUCAAUUGGAACAUUUUGAUUUCUGCGAGGAUAAAUAGAAAUCUUUUCUUCUAUUCAAUUUAUAUUGAUUCUUUCUCAAUAAUUCCUUAUGAAUUUGAAGAGUAUAAAACAAAGAUCCUGGUAAAAGUAGAUGAAAGGCUGCAUUUGAUUGAAUGCCCUGAUGGAUUAAUUUAUGAAAGCGAAAUUGCAGGCUUUACUUUUUGGAAACCAAUUGCAGAUUCAAUAAUCAAUACAGAUCCUCAUCAAGUGUGCUGUUCUCAUAGUAAAGGAGCAGUACAUAUAUCUGCUUAUAUCUUGUGCUAUGCGCUGGGAUAAUUAUAGGAGUCACACAAUGGAAAAAAUUCCCAUGUGUAGAAACCAAAUCCCAUAUGCGGAGUUUCCACACUUGAGUGGUUCCACGGAUAGGAUUUGAGUUCCGCAUAUGAGAAAAUGCACCGAAAAUUGAGACCCCUUCCCACAGGGCAUAAUAUCGAGAUCAUUAAGAUUUAUUUUGGAUUAAGAUUAAUUACGGAAUUAGAAUAAAAAAUUCUGCUCCAAUUAAUUUUUUUUUAACAAAAAACAUAUAAAAUGUACCUAUCAUUUCAAAAUAGCUCAAUGCCAUACAAUAAGAGCUAACAGAUUGUAUGGGGUUCAUUGACUAUGAUGAUAUUCUCAAAUACUACAAGUUUAAUUUGAAUGAAACAUCAUUGACUGAAAUUAAUUAA